ACACUGCUACACUGGAAGAGAUGUGAGGAGAUUCACACUUCACACAUUAUUGUUUACGUUCUGAGCAUUAUUUUAUUUUCUGAAUAUUGUAAAAAUGUUACCCGGGUACAGUUUAUAUUUCAGUAAAAUACGUGAUUGUGGCUGGAAUCAAUUUAGAUGUCUGUUCAGAGGAAUUUACAGUGCGUCAGUCGUUACAUUUGAAGCGACACAGAAGUAUGUUGAUGACCUGAGUGCAGAAUGUAGAGCCUUACAACCGGAAGCGCGAUCCGUUUUGGAACCCAUCGAUGAUACCGUUAGUGUGGAGGUGUAUCCACAGACUCUACCGGCAUUUAACUUCGCAGCCUACGUCAACAAAUCGGAAACACUGAAACAACUGGUGAGAUUGGGUGUAGACCUUCAUAAAUUGGAGAAACGAAAAGGAGUGCCUCAAUUUAUUUUGAAACUGGAUUUCGACAGAGACAUGAAAAAUCACAUCGAGUUCCUCAUUGAUGUUGGCGUGCCGUCGGAAGGUCUUGGCGAAUUUAUAACUAAAAAUCCGCUUAUAUUUAAAGAAGACCUUGGUAAUAUGGAAGUUAGAAUCAAUUACCUCGAAUCGAAACGAUUUUUGUCCGAUCAGAUAGCUAGAAUUGUAUAUAAGAACCCAUAUUGGUUGAUGAUAAAUACACGUCGUAUAGACAAACGAUUAGGAUAUUUUCAAAAAACUUUCCGACUAAACGGCGGAGAGGUUCGACUGUUGACAACGAAACAGCCGCGAAUAAUCACAUACAACCUGGAACACAUUAGAAAAAAUACAUUCACAAUCACAGAGGAGAUGGGAUUUGAGAAGGAAGAAAUCAAAUACUUGCUGCUAAGCAGUCCUAAACUUUGGAUGAUAAAUCAAGAUAAAUUACAAUACCGGUUUGAUUUUGCGCAUCACAAAAUGAAACUUUCCCACGCGCAGAUUUUGGAAGCACCUGAGAUUCUUAACUCACGAGAAUACCGAUUGAAACAUCGUCAUGGAUUUCUAAAUUUCCUGGGGAAAGCACAGUAUGAUCCGCGGAAAGAUCUGUACAUUUCGUUGAAGACUUUGGUGGAAGGUACCGAUGAAUAUUUUGUUACUAAUGUUGCGAAAUCAAAUAUGGAAUGCUAUAAUAGCUAUCUGAAGACAUUGUAGCUUGAAAAUAAAACAAACAAAUAAUUGCAAA